CAUAAUUUUCCCUAUUUAAAUACACACAACUCAUAUAUUCUCUUCUUUUCCUUAAAAGGAUAGAUAAAUUUAAGCGUUUGCAAAGCGUUGAUGUGAGGGAUACACAUUUGUUAAGGCAGGCCUCACCACAGUUGGUUGCUAAGAUCUGUGUCUACUGCUGUGUAAAAGUGUGACAGUCUGAACGAAAUAAUGCGUGUGAACAAAGGUCUGACUUGGGCGAUGGUGACUUCGCUGACGUUUUUGUCUACGAUGACUACAGUACAGUCCACUGCUAACAGGUCCUUCAUAGACGAACUCUUCGACAAAGCCAAGUAUGACAAGAAGUUACCUCCACGAUAUGAAAUGCCGAAGUCGGAGCGCCAGGUCAAUGUCACAGUCAACAUGUUCAUUGCGAAUAUGUUUGAAGUCAGCGAAAUAGACAUGGAAUACUCCAUGAGCCUGUUUCUUCGAGAACGCUGGGAGGACACCAGACUGGUGUACAACGACACGCUCAAUCUUACCAGAAUCGAGCUGGACCCGUCCAUGUUUGACGCAAUAUGGCAACCGGAUAUGUUCAUUGCCACAGAGAAAUACUCAGACUUCCACGAGGUUACCGUUCGCAACCAAAUGGUCCAUAUCUAUCCCAAUGGCAUCAUACAGUAUAGUGCAAGAGUUACUGGUGCAUUCUCCUGCACGAUGGAUCUACGGAAGUACCCAUUCGACACACAGGAGUGCAAAUUCGAACUUGAAAGUUAUGGAUUCGACACUAGCAAACUAAAAUUUAUAUGGGACGAUCCUCCGAUGACCAUGUCAAAAAGCAUCAAGUUUCCUCAGUUCAGUUUGACGUCGUCUACAACGUAUAACUGUGAUCGCGAGUACUAUGGAAUAAUGUACCCAUGUAUCGGCGUAAAGUUCAUCCUGGAGCGGGAGUACUCCUACUAUCUCAUCCAGAUCUACUUGCCCAGCAUCCUGAUUGUGAUCCUUUCCUGGGUAAACUUUUGGAUUGAUUGCAAAUCCGUCCCCGGCCGCAUCUCAUUGGCUCUUCUUACUGUGCUCACUAUGACAACGCAGAGUUCCGGAGUGCGUGAAAAUCUGCCUGCCGUCUCCUAUGUCAAGGCUAUCGAUGUAUGGAUGGCUGCGUGCUUAGCUUUCGUUUUCCUUGGUCUUGCGGAGUUUGCCUACGUUAACGUCCAAAGCCGCGUUACUGAGUCGGAUAUUACAAGUAAUGAAAGUGAAAAGAAGUCCAACACAAAAUUAGGGCGACUCAAUGCGUACCUGCCAUGUUUGUGGCCAGAAGGGAUCGAUCGAGCCCAUGCGACUGACAGGAUGUCCCGAGUUGUCUUCCCGCUAGUGUUCAUCAUUUUCAACAUUUCCUACUGGAUAUUUUUGUUCCUUUGGUCUCCUGGCUUCAUGGAAGGACUUUAAACAUGAUAAUUGCUUAUUUCGACAUCGUUAUAUUUUGUGUUUUGAACGGCGUAAAUGAGUUAAUUUACUUUUUACAUGUUUCUUUCUCUUUGAAGAUGUGAUUGCAACAAAAAUUGAACAUGUAUCCCGGUUUAACAGUUUGACAUGUACUAAGUAUUAUACCAUUUUAGUUAAUUUACUUUGUUUCGAUGUUGAAACAAAUUUUUAAACCAUUAUAAACCAUAACGAUGAUACUAAUAACUAUUGAUGUGACGAGAAACGUGUAAACGCAAGAGUGUCUUGUGUUGUGAGAGGACCAGGAGAGAAACGAAUGACACUUGUCCAGCUUGGUGACCACCAGCAAAAAUAACUCGGAUUUCGGCACUGAUUCAUUGCGUGUAAUUUCAAACGAGAUUCAACAUAUUGUUUGUAUAUCCCAUCAAUAUAAUUUAUAUUCGA